CACUGAUGGACGUGUGCUCUCUUCUCCUUCUCUUUCUCAGGAACUCUUUGCAGAGUUUGGAACCUUGAAGAAGGCAGCUGUGCACUAUGACAGAUCUGGCCGCAGUCUAGGGACAGCAGAUGUGCAUUUCGAAAGGAAGGCAGACGCUCUGAAAGCGAUGAAGCAGUACAACGGAGUCCCCUUGGAUGGGCGCCCCAUGAACAUUCAGCUGGUCACGUCACAGAUCGACACACAGAGGAGACCAGCGCAGAGUGUAAACAGAGGUGGCAUGACCAGAAACCGCGGUGGUUCAGGAGGAUUUGGUGGUGGAGGAGGCAACAGGCGAGGUACUCGUGGCGGGAACAGAGGGAGAGGCAGAGGAGCUGGAAGAACUUCCAAACAGCAGCUCUCCGCAGAAGAACUAGAUGCACAGCUGGAUGCUUACAAUGCCAGG